UCUGCACGGAUCCCUGAUGAGGAGAGACACCUAGCAGUCUAGCAGCAACAGGUCCCUUGUGCACACGCACGGCCAGCGCCUCGCCGAUGCAUUCGCGAACCCAAAUCACUGACGCCGACGGCACGACUGGCGGAGGUCGCCGUGACUACAACAGCACUCUGCGCUUCCAUAUAACUGAACAAAGUUAACCGAGCCUCACCUUUUCACAGCACGACAUGCCUUGCCGCCGCAUCCCGUCGAGCCGUCAAACACCCACGCUGACCGCCGCCGCCGCCCACUCAAAUCUCCCGCCGAGCCCCGCCCGCCACCAGCAAUGGAGGCCCGCCUGCUCAAGACCCGACCGCUCCACGCCAUCUUCUCAGACGCCACCAUCUCCCGCGCCGCACGCAACCUGUUCGACGCGGUGCCGCGCCCGACCCAGGCGCUCUGCAGCACCUUUCUCUCCGCGCUCUCCCGGAGCUCCUCCCACCAGGAGCUCCUCCAAGCCUUCUCGUCGAUUCAUCGCAAGGGCGCCGACGUCCCGUCCGGCUGCGUCCCGCUUGCUUUCAAGUCGUGCGCGCUCACCGCAUCGUCCUGCCAAGGUAGGCAGGUGCACUCCCAUGCUCUUGUCCGCGGGCUGCUUGGGGAUGUCUUUGUGCUAACAGCUCUGGUGGAUUUCUAUGCCAAGAACGGAGACAUGGAGUCUGCCGUCAGUGCCUUUAACGAGAUGCCCGUCAAGGAUCCAAUACCGAUAAACUGUUUGAUCACCGGAUAUUCAAAGUCUGGUGAUGUGAAUAAGGCCAGGAAGCUGUUUGACGGCAUGGAGAGGAGGACAUCCGCUUCGUGGAAUUCGAUGAUCGCCUGUUAUGCUCAUGGUGGGGAAUUCCGGGAAGCAUUGACGUUGUUUGAUCGGAUGCUGAGUGAGGGUGCAAGACCAAACGCUAUCACCAUCACGUCAGUGUUUUCGAUAUGCGCCAAGUCUGGCGAUCUUGAUACUGGCAAGCGUGUAAGGGCUCUGAUCGGUGAGGAGGACCUGCAGAACGUGAUAGUGCACACUGCUUUGAUGGAAAUGUAUGUAAAGUGUCGUGCUAUCGACGAUGCACGUCGGGAGUUUGACCGGAUGUUGCAGAGAGAUGUCGUGGCAUGGAGCACCAUGAUUGCAGGUUAUGCGCAGAAUGGCAGGCCACUCGAAUCUCUAGAACUGUUUGAGAGGAUGAAGGAAACCGAUUGCAGACCAAAUGAAGUGACACUUGUUGGUGUGCUAUCUGCGUGUGCGCAGUUGGGUUCUGAUGAAUUGGUUGAGCAGAUUGGGAACUAUGCUGAGAACCAGAGGCUACCACUUACGAGUUACCUAGGAUCUGCGCUAAUCGACAUGUACACCAGGUGCGGACAUGUUGGAAGAGCCCGGAGUGUCUUCAGCCGGAUGGAACAAAAAGGGGUUAUCACUUGGAACUCCAUGAUCAGAGGCCUAGCAAUGAAUGGCUUUGCAGAAGAUGCAAUCAGCUUGUAUGAAAAAAUGGCGGAAAACGGGGUCCAGCCCAACGAGAUCACCUUCGUUGCGCUGCUAGCAGCGUGCACGCAUGCUGGCUUGGUAGACCAAGGUAUGGCAUUCUUCGAAGAGAUGAAGAGAGAACACCAUGUUUCCCCUCAAGUGGAGCACUGCGCAUGCAUAGUGGACCUCCUGUGCAAAUCCGGCAGACUGUGGGAGGCGUACAAGUUUAUCUGCGACAUGGAAGUCAAACCAAACGCGGUGAUCUGGACCACACUGCUCAGCUCCUGCAGAGUCCAUGCCGAUGUCGAGCUCGCCAAGCUUGCCGCGAGCAAGCUCCUGGCAAUGGAGCCCGACAACUCCUCAAUCUACGUCCUCCUGUCCAAUAUAUAUGCCGAUGCCGGCCUCUGGGGCGAUGUGAGGGAGAUCAGGGACCUGAUGAGGAGCAAGAACGUGCAGAAGCUGUCUGCCUACAGUUGGAUAAAGCUGGAUGGUGAGGUGCACAAGUUCCUGGUGCAAGACACAUACCACCCGAGAUCAGCUGAGAUUUAUGACGUCGUCCAUGGCUUGGGGUUGCUCUUGGACCGAGCCGACUCUGAUCCCGACCUGCUAGUUUCAGAGCUCUGUUGAACUUUUAUUUUUGACAGCUGAGAGCUCUGUUUUUUGAAGGAACACAAAGCAUUACAUUGAUUGGGCGAGCUGCACUCGCCAGCAGACAAAUUCUUUUACAUAUAUUGGAAAGGUAUCAAAGCCAAAUCUGAUAGAUUCUUGACUCCAUAAGUAGCUAAACAAUGUGCAGAAAUAUUACAAAGCCGUGAGCAAGCUUCUACCUUAAACAACUGAAAAGCUGAUUGCAACACAUCUCUUUUUUCUGACAGAGAUUGCAUCAUAUGCAGUUGGAGUGAGUA